AUGGAUAUCCUAAAGUACUAUGGACUAGUGGUCAUAUAUAAUAUUCUGUACACUCAGGAAAUGUAUAUAAUAUUCUGUACACUCAGGUUUGCCGGAAGCCAAGAGAGUAUACUUAACAUUGAUGUGGACCUGGAUGUGAACCAACACUACUGGCACCACAGGGGCCGCCAUAGGAACAGUAGUGGAGAUGAGAUAGAGGUGGUCCACAUACCCAUCUCAUCCCCUAUGGCCAGAAGCAAUCGGCGCCGGCAACACCGGUCACGCGGGGGCACCGGUAGUAACAGCGGCGCCAAUCAGUCACUACAGAGUCAGUCACCGUCUUCCUCGUCGGUCGCGGAUAUUGUGUCGGACGACGGGCUCACACCUAACCAUCCGCUGACACAACAGUCAAAAGCCGUCACAACUCAAGAGGAAGUGGUCGUCAAUAUAGCCGUCAAUAAUAGUGACGAUAAUAAGAGUAAGUCGUGCGCCGAAUGUCAUCACAACUGUGCCAACGCGAGCACCGGUAGUAUAGGUAGUGGUCUUCAUAUUGCUGUCGAUGAUAGCGCAGACUUUGAUGAUGAAAGGGACUGUCGUCAGCCCCUGUCGUCGACUGGUGUGACAGAGGGUAUGACAGUAGCAUCCGGUGCGGCGACAGCACCAGAAGUAUCGCAUAAUACUGACAGCAACACCACUGAUGGCAGUUCUUGUAGUUAUGAUCGUCUAUGCAGUGAUGAAAAGUAUUGACACGAAGUCUAUAUAUGUAUUUAAGACACGAUUUCUAUUUGAAUGGUUUUGUGUAAAUCAUGGCAAACACGGAGAAAUAAGUUUGACAUAAAAAAUAUAAGUACUUUUUACUUAAGAGCUAAAUAAACAGGAACAGCUAUUGAUUGUAAAAUAUGGUGUAUUUAUUGGAGAUUUUUAAGACUAGAAUAAUAUAUUAUAUAGUUUGGCGAGAAUCGAUAAAUUACAUUGGUG